UCACGGACCUUUAGCUGCUGAAUCUUUCCCCCUUCCCUUCUCCAAGCGACCGACAACUCCUUGCACUAACCCGACAACCUUUCGCCCAGCCGAACGUCGCCAACAUGUCUUCUACUACCGUCCCCACCAACGACCAGAUCUUGGUCCCUGAGACCCUUCUCAAGAAGCGCAAGUCUCAGGAGAAGGCCCGCGCUGAGCGCACCGCCGCCCAGGAGAAGAAGAAGGCCGGCUCCAAGGACAAGCGCCAGGUCAUCUUCAAGCGUGCUGAGAAGUACGUUCAGGAGUACCGCGAUGCGGAGCGUGAGAAGAUCCGCCUCUCCCGCGCUGCCCGCACCGACGACUCUGCCUACGUCCCUGCUGAGGCCCGCCUGAUCUUCGUCGUCCGCAUCAAGGGUAUCAACAAGAUUGCCCCCAAGCCCCGCAAGAUCCUCCAGCUCCUGCGUCUCCUCCAGAUCAACAACGGUGUCUUCAUCAAGGUCACCAAGGCCACCACGGAGAUGCUCAAGGUUGUCGAGCCCUGGAUCGCCUACGGCUACCCCAACCUCAAGUCCGUCAAGGAGCUCGUCUACAAGCGCGGUUACGGAAAGGUCAACAAGCAGCGCGUCGCCCUGACCGACAACGCCAUCAUCGAGGAGAACCUCGGCCAGUACGGCAUUGUCUGCAUGGAGGAUCUCAUCCACGAGAUCUACACUGUCGGCCCCAACUUCAAGCAGGCCUCUAACUUCCUCUGGCCCUUCAAGCUGAGCAACCCCAACGGUGGCUUCCGUCCCCGCAAGUUCAAGCACUUCAUCGAGGGUGGUGACCUUGGCAACCGCGAGGAGGCCAUCAACCGUCUCAUCCGCCAGAUGAACUAAGCUUUUGCUUCUUCUUCUAUCCACAUGAUGACACGGAUUGGUCUUUACAAAAAUUGGGCUCGGCAUGGUUGCUCGGCGUUAACAGGGACAAUACCUAGGUUGGAAUUGAUUCCAUGAUGAAUGACAC